UCGCUCGCUCCAAGCAGCAGCUCGGCCUGGCCUUCUCACACUGCUGGCGUCUUUUAUAUCCCCGGCCUCUCCUGCGGUCCUGCUGGCCUCUCUCCUUCCCACCCUAGCCUGCCAACAUCGUAUCUCGACUUCUUUCCACACAGCGAUCGAUCACCGUCGAGGACGACGUUGAUCGGUGGCGGCGCCGCAGCGAGCGCGGCCGGCCGACGACAUCGACGGGGUUAAGCUUUGCUGGCUAGCUGGCUGGCUAGUCCGGCCGGCAUGGCGAAGCAGUCGUGCUGCCACAAGAAGAAGCUGAGGAGAGGGCUCUGGUCGCCCGAGGAGGACGAGAAGCUCAUGAACCACAUUGCCAAGUACGGCCACGGCUGCUGGAGCUCCGUCCCCAAGCUCGCAGGCCUUGAGAGGUGUGGCAAGAGCUGCCGGCUGAGGUGGAUAAACUACCUGAGGCCAGACCUCAAGCGGGGCACAUUCUCGCAGGAGGAGGAGGACCUCAUCAUACACCUCCACUCCUUGCUGGGGAACAAGUGGUCUCAGAUUGCGGCGCAGCUGCCCGGCCGGACGGACAACGAGGUCAAGAACUUCUGGAACUCGUACAUCAAGAAGAGGCUCAGGGAGCGCGGCAUCGACCCGGCCACCCACCAGCCGCUCGCCGAGCCCGCCGCCUGCCGCGCGGUGUUCGGGGACGUGGUCGACCUCAUCCCGGCGACGGCGGCGCCACUCCAGGCGCCACCGCUCCCGGACCCAAUGCCCCUGGACGGCGUGACGAAGCUCCCGCUGGACUGGCCCGUCGCCGGCGCCGCCGCGCCGCCGCCGUCGACGCUGCCAAGGUCGUCGGCAUGCUACCUGCAGGGGGGUUGCUUCGACAUGGACGCGCUGCAGCAGCACUGCGGCGGCGGCGGCGCCGUCCCGGCGCCGGUCGUCCCGUCGGCGUCCAGCUCCAGCACGCUCACCUCGCUGGCAGAAGCCGAGCACUGCAACAACGCCAACGUCGCCGGCGCCACCCUCCCGUGGCUAGAGCUCGGGCCGAACGCCGUGGCCGAUGCCGGCCACGUCGACAGCUACGCCGGCGCGCUGGACGAGCUCAGGUGGUCGGAGUACUUCGACGGCGCCUUCCAGGCCGCCGCGAGCCAGCAAGGCGCCCUGCAGCCCGCGGGGCAGUGCGUCUACAGCGGCAAGGACGACGUCGCGGUGCACUUCGACGUCCAUGGGCUAAGCAACUGGUGCUAAUCCAUCACGCUCAAGAACCCGCCACCGAAGAAGAAACAGUUCGUCACCGCGAAUUAUUACUGGCUGGGAAGCCUGAUCAACGGAGUUACGGAGAUGCAAAUUACUACGAGCAUUUCACCUGGUG